GAAUGGCAAAAGUGAAGAAGAAGCAGGACUUAAAACAGCUGUGACUUGUGUUUUAAUUUCUUAACAAUAAAUAAUGCAUUUAAACAAUGUUUAUAUUACCGUGGGCACAACCAAAUUCGAUGCCCUCAUAUUAGCUGUAACUUCGGAAGCAACUCUUAAGGCUCUGCAGAAUCGAAAAUGCACUAAACUCGUCAUACAACACGGAAACUCCCAACCUUUGACGGAAGGCGAUUGCCAACUGAUAAGACAAAUCUACGGAAUCCAGAUAGAACAAUACAAAUUCCGGCCAAACAUAGAGGAUAUCAAAUCUGCGGACCUAAUUAUUGGACAUGCAGGAGCCGGCACAUGUAUGGACAUCCUAAAUAACCAAAAACAUGGACUUAUUGUUAUAAAUGAUACACUAAUGGAUAACCAUCAAAUGGAAUUGGCCAAACAAUUGGCUUCCGAGAACUAUCUGUACUACUGCAAAGUUAAGGAUUUGGAUGCCCAAAUCGGCUCUCUGGACUUUAAAGCCCUGAAACCUUACGAGCCCCAACCAGAAAAUCUUAAAAAAUUCGUUUCUGCCAUUAAUGAACUGAUGUCCCACUAAACAAAUAAAAACUCCCAGAAAAACAUACCAUUUUUUCUAGCCAACCCCCAGUAGGGCUAGCUUUUGCUAUUUAUUUAUGAUUUUACAAGUAUAGUUAAUAAACACGAGAACGUCUACAAAGAA